AUGAACGGACAGUCUGCAGUGAUUGGUUCGCCUAAACCAAUAGUAGCAUUAGCUGGUGAUGAUGUCAUUCUGCCGUGUCGCCUUAAACCAGCCAUCAGAGACUUUUCCGACACAGUGGAGUGGACCAGAGAAGACCUGGACCCAGAGUUCGUCCAUGUUCACCAAGGUGGUCGUCUUGUGGUUCAGGAACAAAAUCCACAGUAUAAAAACAGGACCGUCCUGUUUGUGGAUGAACUGAAGAACGGAAACGUCUCACUGAAACUCUUCAGAGUGACAAUCUCUGAUGAGGGGAGAUACAGAUGCUUCAUUCCCUCGAUCGGGAGAGGAGAUUUCAUCCAGCUCCAUGUGGGUGCUGCCUCCUCUCCUGUCAUCAUCGUGAGCAAAAGCAGCAGUGGAGUGGUUUUAGAGUGUGAAAGUAAAGGCUGGUACCCAGAGCCUGAGCUGUUUUGGCUGGACGCUGAGGGAAAGCUCCUCUCUGCUGGAGCUCCAGAGACAGUCAGAGGUCCUGAUGGCCUCUAUACUGUCAGCAGCAGAGUGACUGUGGAGAAGAGCCACAGCAACAGCUUCACCUGCAGGGUUGAGCAGAGCAAAAUACAGCAAACUAGGCAGACACAGAUUCAUGUCUCAGAUGAUUUCUUCAUGGAUAAAUGUGGCUGUAACGCUCUCUACAUCACCAUUAGCUUUACUGUCAUCCUUGUCUUCAUGUGCAUUUUGGCUGCUGUCUUUGUUGUGUGUAAACGGAGACGCAAUAAAAUCAAGAGCAAGAAGCAUGAAGAUGAAACCGACCAGAGAGAAGAUGAAGAAGAGGAAAAGAUCAUAUCUCUGAGCAGAAACACAGAAUAUCAGGAUCUGAUAGAGAGAGUAAGAGACAGAGAGCAGCCUGAGGCAGAAAGGGAUAAAAAUGCCAAACUUGAGGAAGAGCUGCAGAAGAAAGAGAACAAACAGAAACACUGGAGAGAGGAGUGUGAGAAACUGAAGGAAGAGCAGAGGGAAGUGACAGAGCAACUCAGACUGCAGCUGAAGGAGGCGGAGAGACAGAGGGACGAGAACAAGACGAGGGAGCAGCAGAAGGAAAUGGAGAACCAGACAGAGGAGCUCAAAAUGCAACUGGAGGAAGCAGAGAGACAGAGGGACGAGAACAAGAGGAAACUUCAGGAAACCGUGAAGCGGAAAGACGCCGGUGGGGAGAAGACGACCGAACACAAGAAGUUCUUGAUGGAGACCAAACGGAUUCUGAUGCUCAGUGCAGCAGAACUGGAAAAACAGCCGCAGAGGACAUCGUACGGGACAGGUAAAACAGCCAGUGGUCUUGUCCUGACGUCGGGGCGAGUGCAGAACCAGACAGCACAGAGGGAGGUGCUGAACGAGAUACAGAAGCUGCUGAGUGAGAUUGAGGCGAAAUUGAAAUAA